AUGCAACAAAGAAAUGAUUAAUUGAUAGCAUAAUAAGUAUAACAAAAUAUGAAUAUAAAUCCAACCAUUGCAUCAAUAGAUGUACAAGAUGAUAAACGUAAAAGUCCAACAAGUUUUUUGAAAUAAUAAUAAAAUAUCCAUAUUUAUAAUAAGGAUUAUGAGUAAAGAAAUAAUAACUAAAACUAUUUAGAAAUAAAAUUGAAAUUUUGAAAAGAUUAGCCAAUUAUUAUGAAUAAGAUUAUCCAAAUGGAACAUAUUAUGGUUAAAUGUUGAAUGGCAAUAAACAUGGAUAAGGUGAAUAAAUAGAUUUACAUAAUAA